AUGACCCAUACAGAAGACGAUGGCUUCUUUGAUGUCACUCUUCUGAGCCAUCCGAUGGCACGGAGCAUAGAUGAGCUGUGGGCAGGCAAAACAGAUAUCAAAGAACGACGUCGACUACAAAACCGACUGAAUAGACGAGCUUAUCGGAAGCGCCAGGUUGAACAAAAGCUGCUUCGGGAGAGGACAAUGAAUGAGGCUGGCCCUGAAUCCCAAAAAGGCCGUCAUCAUCGAGCGUCCAGAAUCCCUGGGGUCGGCGUCUUCGCCCUCGCAGAGAAGGACAGCGUGACAUCAGAUGAACCAAUCUCCCUAAGCUCCUUGGUAUCUGCAGCUGGAAAGCUUUCUACAGGAGCCAACAAAAUCAUGUCAUUUGAAUCGUCGACCCUGUCAAGGGGUCAUCAGAUCAAUCUCAAGCUCGUGCAGUCAUGGUGUCGAAGAUUCGAAGAGUCGAUGUUGGGUGCCGGCUCUGUCGGCGUAGAGUUCAGUGAUGAAGAUGCCGCGGUGACAGAUUCGGAUCCUGUCGUGUUCGAAGAAAGCAUCAUCUGUACCAUGGACAUCCGCUAUCACACCUUCAUCCCCAACCCAGAAGAUCAGCUUCUCAACCUUAUGUACUACAACGUUUUCCGUGGACUGGCUAGAAACAUCAGAGCCUUGAAUAUGGAAAUGCACUUUAUGUCCUCCUGGGCUUCAGACAGCCCUUUUGUCACCGGUCAAAUUGACAUCUCCACGCUGCCACCGGAUUUCCAGCCGACAUACCUUCAACGAACCGUUUCGCACCACCCAUGUUUCGAUAUAUUCCCUGACCCCGUUGUGAGGGACAAUGCUAUAGAGCACUGGCAUACCUGGCAUGAGAUUGACCUUGCUCUGAGACAUGGUUGCGUGCUUUGGGGUGAGCCGGAUGUUGCAGAGAGUUGGGAGGUUACUCAGGGCUUUGCAGACGACUGGCCUUUUCUGGUCAAAGGCGCUUUUCGCCUUGAAGCCGCAACGAAUCGAUAUAGAGCGCUGCGAGGCGAACCGCCAAUUUUCUUUGCGUUUUGCACCUUUAAGAGAUAUUGGCACCAAGGAAGCACCGAGUCCCGUUAUUGUGUGCCUUUUGUUAUUGGCAAGGAGGAUUUUCAGUGGCUCGCAACGACGUACCUGACCCUUUUGAGUGCAGCCGACUUCCUCGAGCUUGUCAGUCCAACUCCUCAUUUCCAUCGUGCAUCGAACCAAGUGUAUGCUCUGGGGCCUGCCAAUCGUCCAGCCGAUGUCCACGAUGGUGCAGGGAGUGACACGUACAGAACCUAUUCUGGUGAUGGCUCAACGUCAUCUGGCUGGCCAGAAAUGGCGCAAUGGGUCUCAUUUGAGGACAUGGUCGUCGCGAACGAGAACAUUAUGCGGGUGUCGUUUGUCAAUCUGGGACCUGACAAUGGGCCUGACAACAGCAACGAAGAAAUCAGCCAGAUCUGGAAUGCAGUCCAGUCAGUUUUGUCCCAAACCAAUGUUGACCACCGCUUCAUCCUGGCAAUCCUUCUUCAGGAAUCCAACGGCUGCGUUCGAGUCCGCACGACCAAGAACGGUGUGCGCAACCCAGGGUUGACGCAGGCCCAUGACGGCGGCUUUGCGUCAAUGGAAACAUCCAGACUCCGUGUCCCGCUUUUGAGAUCGACAUGA